UGUGUGUGGGCGGGGUUUAAUCAUCUUAAGGGUAGGUUGUUUGUCUCACCUGAGCAGUGAACAUCAGUGCGCGAGAACAACUCCGCAAACAGAAUGUCUUCGAGACCGAACGGGAGUCCUCCGCCCUAUGAUUAUCAUACAGAGGAUGGAUAUAAUGUUGCCCCGCAGCCGGCGUAUUCGUACUAUCCUGACGAGGAGUUCCAGCAUUUCUACCGCUGGACGUCUCCGCCGGGCAUCAUAAAGAUCAUGAGCGUCAUGUCAAUCAUCUUCUGCGUGGGCAUCUUUGUAUGCGUGGCCUCGACGCUGGCCUGGGAUACGGAUGCAGGAGCGGCUGGAUUCGGUAGUUAUGGAGGUUCUUAUGGAGGAGGCUCAUACGGCAGCUACGGUGGAGGAGGCUCAUACGGCAGCUACGGUGGAGGUGGCUACGGAAUGGGUGGAUCUGGAGGUUACGGAGGCUACGGUUACGGGAUCCUCGGCUCUCAGAACGACCCCAGGCAGGGGAAGGGUUUCAUGAUCGCCAUGGCCAUCAUCACCUUCAUCAUUCUGCUCGUCAUCUUCAUCAUGAUCAUCUCGCACCAGAAAGUGGCCCAGGCAAGGAAGUUCUACCUGGCCGUCAUCAUCAUCAGCGCCAUCAUGGCUUUCCUCAUGUUAGUUGCCACCAUAGUCUAUCUGGUGACGGUUUACCCAAUGGCCCAAUCGUCCGGAUCCGUUCAGUUCAAUCAGGUUUACGCCAUGUGCGCCGCUUACCAGCAGCCUCAGAUGACGGGUGGGUUCGUGAACCAGUAUCUGUAUCACUACUGCGUGGUGGAUCCUCAGGAGGCAAUCGCUCUUGUUUUGGGCUUCAUUGUCACCGCGGCCCUCAUCAUCAUCAUGGUAUUUGCCAUUAAAACCCGUCAAAAGAUCAAUCAUCACGGGAAGGACAACAUCCUAUGGCGUCAUGUGAAAGAAAUUGGCGAUCAAAACUCGCCGCAGGAUGUAGAGGAUUGGGUGAAUGAUGUGAAUGGACCCCCCGAGCCGCUGCUGGCUGACUAUCCCAUGAAGGCUGGAGGGUCUAGAAAUGAUCUAGAUGACAACAGCACAAAUUAUGACAAACCUCCUUACAGUGAAAGUCCUGUGGAGAUUGAGCACAAUGUGCCCGUCCGUAGUUCAGUCCCGCUGAGCAGCGGAUCAGAGAUGAACAGCUCUGCAGGACGGCCCAAGAAACGGCGCGCUGGACGCCCGCGAACCACCGACGGACGGGAUCACGACACGGACUACGCCUCCUCUGGAGAUGAGCUGGACGACGAUGACUUCUCCAGUGAAUUCCCUCCCAUUAUUAAUAAUGAAGAGAGAGAACAUUACAAGCGCCUGUUUGACGAAGACCAUCAGGAGUACAAGGAGCUCCAGGCAGAAAUGGACCAGAUCAACAAGCGUCUGGCUGAAGUGGACCGGGAGCUCGAUGACCUGCAGGAGGGCAGUCCUCAGUUCCUGGACGCCAUGGACGAGUACAAAUUGCAGCUUCAAAGAAGUCUCUACAGUUUGUCAGGACUCAAUCAUAGACUGUUUCUGUCCAGCCAUGCUUUCAGUAGUGGGACGUUCCUGUCCAUCCAGAGGAUGUUCUGCUGGAUUUUCUGCAGGGCCUGUUGA